AUGAUUGCUGACAUGCCAAUCCCCGAAGAAAUCGACCUCCUCCUCAGCAAGCGGCCCACAUUUGACGAUCAACAUAAAAAUUUACUGCCCCCGCUGCUGCAGGUUGGGCACCGACUGUGUGCAUCUACCGAAAAUCUCUUAGGUUACCGCCGGAAGUCUUCACCAGAAGACAUGAUCCAAGACCUGAAAGCUAUGCAGUCAAAAACAACCUGGCAAAGCACGACAAGCCUCUGCUCCGAAUCGACAUCGUCCACCCCGACGACGCUCUUUAGAAAUGCGGCUGAGAAGUUGAAGACCCAGAUACAACGUGCCGGGCUUCGACUACCUAUUAUUAACAUUCACCAAGUCGCC